CUAUUAUUACAGUAUAAAUAAUUGCAUAUUGUAUUCAUAUUUCAUUACAAUAUACUCUUAAUCAAUCAAGGAUGAAAACCAAAAUUUUCAUCUUCGUGUUCUUUCUUUGUGCAUUAAUUAUUAACUCUUGUGCGCAAAUUGAGUCAUCCAAAGAUAUUGGUGCAACUAAGGAAUUCAAACCAAAAAUUGGGAUACGUGAACGAGCAGUCUAUACUGGUGGUUGGACCAACAAAAUACAACGUGGGGGAUAUGGAAAGGAUGUAGGAGGAGGGAAAAAAGGUGGACCAAGCUCAGGUGGAUCGAUCCCGGGAGGAGGUGCACAAGGUGUGGGUGAACAAAAUGGAGGUGGGAAAGACAAAGGAAGUGAACCUGCACGAAGAGGAAAAAAUUAAAAACUUUGGUGAAGAUAUUUGAUGUUUAAUAAAGUCACAUAAGUAUUAAAGAAGCAUGAUGUGGACAUGGACAAAUUUAGAGUUUGCGGACGAAGGGGAAGGGGAUAUUUUGCUUUUGUAUUACAAAAUAAAAGAAUUAAGUUAUAAGAAUAUAUAAAUAAGAGAUCAAUUUCAAUUUAUUAUUAGUAGUAUAAUUUUUUUAUGUUAUCAAUUAAUCAUAAAAACAUAUUUUCUCA